AAUGCAGUACUUUAUAAAAAUCUGGUAACGAUUUUUCUCUCCUGAAAGUUCGAUGUUUACCUUGGAAAGUUUUGCAGGUGCAUGGCCGAUGUGUGUUAUUUUUAUGUUCAUCGCUACUGGCUACUAUGUUAUCCUUAAAUCGAGACCAAGCUGCCGCCGACAAGUUUUGCCUCCACCAGGGAAUUCCGGCGAAACUUUUAUGCUCUUUACAACGCUUCCAGAUAAGUUUGUGGGAAACCACCGUAAAAAAUAUGACAUACUUUCAAGCUACCUUAUACGCCAUCCAACUGUAAUAGUUUCGACGAUUGAUGCAAACAAGUUCUUUUUGGAGCAAGAAGGCUCCAAGUUUUGCAAGGCGUCCAAGCUGAAGUCUAUGAGAAACACAUUGUGGCCGCACCAAGUGAACCAGGCAAACGAUGACUUGCAUCGGAGAUUUUACAAGCUAAUUCUCGCACACAUGGUACCGGAAGUUCUCAAACAGAAGGUUCAGAAGUUUGAUGAGAGUGCGCGCAGAUGGCCUGUCCGAAGGUGUGCGCACUGUGAUGAGGCCAGAGAUGGAAAAGUUCACAUUUCUUGGGAUCGCGAGCUUGGUUUGCGACGAGGGAGUUGGAUCCACAAAACUUAACAACACAGACAAUUUUGAAUGACAUCAGGGCAUUGACGAAAGGCAUCGUCAGUCUUCCAGUAAACGUACCAUUCUGUGUUUACAGGCUAUCUUACUUUAAAACGAUUAUUUGUCAAAGACAAAGAGAUUCAGAAACUCCGCAUGCUGAUUUGCUGCAAACUCUUCUAGACUCCAGAGAGGAUGGAGGGCCUCUGUCAACCGAUGAGGUUGUUGAUAAUUGUAUUGCGUGCCUGUCAUGAAGUUUCUGCAUGAGAAUCCAAGUGUAUUCGAAGAUCUCAAGGUAAGCUAUGUGACAAAGUACUGGCGAAUGUCGUUUAUACAUCCAUAAUUUCAUUCAUUUUUGAGUUUACUAAUGUAGACCACUUCUGAGAAAACUCAUCUAAUAUUUUAUGUCAGGUAAUUGAAAGGUA